AUGGCGCUGGAUACCUUCUUCCACAACAAGAUCGAGAGCAUGAAGCUCGAGAUCAUCCAGGGUCAGGCGGUUCUGCGACGACUAGAGGCACAGCGAAACGAAUACAACAGCAGGGUCCGACUGCUUCGGGAAGAGCUGGGUCUUCUGCAACAGCCGGGUAGCUACGUCGGAGAAGUCGUCAAGGUCAUGAGCACUAAGAAGGUCUUGGUGAAGGUACACCCAGAAGGCAAAUAUGGUGAGAAAUAGAACGGUUCUGGAGGUUGGAUGCAUACUGACAAUGGAUACAGUGGUCGACGUCGCCGACAACAUCGACAUCUCCAAACUCACAGCGGGAAAGCGCGUUACACUACUCUCCGAUUCCUACAAGCUCUCGUCGCUUCUGCCGUCCUCCGUCGACCCCCUCGUGUCCCUGAUGAUGGUAGAGAAAGUACCGGACAGCACAUACGACAUGAUUGGAGGUCUCGAUGAGCAGAUCAAGCAGAUCAAGGAAGUCAUCGAGCUAGGUCUGAAACACCCCGAACUCUUCGAAUCGCUCGGUAUUGCGCAGCCCAAGGGAGUGCUUCUGUAUGGCCCACCUGGAACUGGAAAAACACUCUUGGCAAGAGCUGUGGCACAUCACACGGACUGCAAGUUCAUUCGUGUUUCGGGUUCGGAGUUGGUGCAAAAGUACAUUGGAGAGGGAUCGCGCAUGGUGAGAGAACUCUUCGUCAUGGCACGUGAGCACGCACCUUCCAUCAUCUUCAUGGACGAAAUCGAUUCCAUCGGCUCUUCUCGUGUCGAGGGCUCUUCGGGUGGUGAUUCAGAGGUGCAGCGAACUAUGCUGGAACUUCUCAACCAGCUUGAUGGCUUCGAGCCUACCAAGAACAUCAAGGUCAUCAUGGCCACCAAUCGUCUCGAUAUUCUGGACCCAGCUCUGCUCCGACCCGGACGAAUUGACCGAAAGAUCGAGUUCCCUCCACCAACUACCGAGGCGCGAGCGGACAUUCUUCGCAUUCAUUCUCGCAGCAUGAACUUGACCAGAGGCAUCAACUUGACCAAGAUCGCGGAGAAGAUGAACGGCUGCUCAGGUGCUGAGCUGAAGGGAGUGUGUACUGAAGCUGGAAUGUACGCGUUGAGGGAGCGGAGAGUACACGUCACACAGGAGGACUUCGAUCUGGCGACCGCGAAGGUCCUGAACAGACAUGACGAUAAGGAGAUGAGUUUGAGCAAGCUAUGGAAGUAG